UUGUCAGUGUUGUUCCUCCUUUGCAACUACUCACCCUCUUCAUCUCUCUCUCUCUCCCUCUUCCUCUCCAUCAAUGGCGGCUCGAGCAAGCCCAGGGGCUUCGACAGCAUCUGCGACAUCUCAAACCAGUGUCCGUCACUCAGGUUUGGUCAAGAAGUUUCUGCUGGUGUUCAUUGUUGGGUUCGUGGCUUACACUUAUCAAGCGAUCCAGCCUCCUCCUCCAAAGAUCUGUGGCUCUCCUGGUGGUCCUCCCGUCACAGCGCCGAGAAUAAAGCUACGAGAUGGAAGGCAUUUGGCUUACAAAGAGCACGGGGUACCGAGAGAGAAGGCGAGGCAUAAGGUUGUCUUCGUUCAUGGUUUUGAUAGUUGUAGGCAUGAUGCUGCUUUUGCAACUCUACUCUCACCGGAUAAAGUGGAGGAGCUAGGCCUUUACAUGGUAUCCAUUGACAGACCUGGUUAUGGAGAGAGCGAUGCCGACCCGAAACGGACUCCGAAAAGCUUGGCAUUAGACAUAGAAGAACUUGCUGAUCAACUGGAUCUCGGAUCCAAAUUCUACGUGCUUGGUUAUUCGAUGGGUGGACAGGCGAUAUGGGCAUGCCUUAAGUACAUUCCACACAGGUUAGCCGGAGCGACCCUUGUGGCUCCGGUAAUUAACUACUGGUGGAAGAACUUGCCCUCGAACAUGUCCAUGGAAGCUUUUAACCAGCAACCGCCAAGGGACCAAUGGGCGGUUCGUGUGGCUCACCAUGCUCCUUGGCUUACUCAUUGGUGGAACACUCAGAAAUGGUUCCCAGGCUCAAGCGUUGUGUCCCGAAAUCUCGGGUUGUUGUCUCAAUCAGACAAAGAGAUCAUUUUUAAGAUUGGUGCUGCGAGGAGGGAAUACGAGCAUUUAGUAACGCAACAAGGAACACACGAGAGCCUGUUUCGAGAUAUGAUUGUUGGAUUUGGGAAAUGGGAAUUCGACCCGACACAGCUCGAAAACCCGUUCCCAAGCAAUGAGGGUUCUGUCCAUUUGUGGCAAGGUGACGAAGAUGCCCUUGUUCCCAUCUCCCUUCAGCGUUACAUAGCUCAGAAACUUCCGUGGCUUCGCUACCACGAGGUUCCGGGAGGAGGUCACAUGUUUAGCUUCGCUAAAGGUAUGGUUGAGGAAAUCGUUACAACGCUCUUAGCAAGUGUCGAGAAGGAUUGAAAUGCUCAAUACACAUCUUAUGAAGAAACAUUGCUUGAUAUUGAUAAUAAUGAUGAUGAUGUGGGAUAUGAUAUGAGCAUAUUCUGCUGUUGUAAUGUUGUCUGGUUUUAGGUUCCUUAGUUGUCAUGAUUGUCAUAUUUUCGUCAAGUUAGAAAUGCUCUUUUGGUUUGGUUA